AUGGUUUUUAAACCCUUCACCCACCUCGCGCGCCAGAGUUUCACCAAGGCCUUCACCCAUGGCUAUGCUCAAUCGGUAGUCGCAGCGUCGCAAACCUACGCAUCCUCCUCCACAGCCUUCAAUUCCAUCGCCUCCCAACCCGCCAAAUUCUCUCGAACCCAACUACAGAAUGCUUUCUCCAACGCGUCGAGCUCCUCCGGCGCAGCUGGCGCCAAGGCCAACCAGGGAGCUUCUGGAUCGGGAGAUUCCGGUCUAGCUGCCUACUAUGCCGCAUGGCAGCAUGCCCAGCAGACCGGCGACGAUAGCGACUGGUGCCAAUUCCAGUUCAAGCGCCGUAUCGAUUGGAAGCCCUCGGCCGAGGAACUCGAACAAGUACACGAAGACCGAUCCGAAUCCGUCCCCCCACAUCUCACCAAAGCUGCCGUCAAUGAGAAUGUGAGCGCUCAGGUCGAGGAGGCCGUCGCUCGGGAGAUCCAACAGAUCCAGGAAGAACACGAACAAUCCGAGGGCGCGGAUACCGCCGAGAAGGUAUCCGCAGUCGAGGAUGUUGUUCUUUCGGAAGCCAUCUCUGAGGAAUCCAAGGCUGCAUCGGCACAAAUUGUGCUGCUGGCGAAAGCUGGGGACUUUGCGGAGAUCCCUGCGGCCUUUGAGGCUGUGCUUCGAGAGGGUCUGACGCCCACUGUGGAAGCAUACAAUGCCCUUUUGGUUGCGGCUAUUAGACUUCACCCCGAAGCUUCGCAGGCGAUCCCCAAGGCUCUCGAUGUUUACUCCGAUAUGCUCCGUCGCAGGGUAAUUCCCGACGAAGAUACCUAUGAGACUCUCGUUCAGCUUUUGGUCACCAACGCAAACGAUGUGAUCAAGGCCAAGGAGGGUUUGGAGCAGGAGCGAGUCCGCUAUGGCGGCAUGGAGGAACCCGGCAAGUUCAUGCUUCAGUCCCGCGAGCUGGAGCGCGAUAUGUUGAUCGAAGAUCAUUCUUUGUCGAUUGCCGUGAAAUUGUUCAACGCCGCCAUUAAUCGCCAUCCCCUUCUUGCGUUCCCUCUCGAUCUGUACCGCCAUUUCAUCAUUGCCUGUGCCCGCGAGGGCUUGGUCGAAGAUAUGGUUCUAAUCUACGCCCACAUGGAGGCGCAGCAGAUCCAACCCCAUGCCACCAUUUACCCUCACAUGAUUGAUGCAUUCGCCAGCACCGGUGAUCUUAAGAGUGCGGUUGAGUGCUAUGAAGAGUACCGAGACCUGGCUGUCUCUGACGACAGCGGAGUCUUCAGUAUUGUUCAGCGGCUGGAUGGGCAAGUGUACGCCGCCCUUAUUCGUGCCUAUCUGUCUUGUGGCAAGGAAGAGGGCGCGAUGAGCUUCCUCGAGCGAAUUCGUUCCUCAUUCGAUAAGGUCACUGAUAGCCGUGAGAGCCGUAUGUCUGCCAUGGAAAGCGUGAUUGUUCAGGACGGACUUGUGCAACACCUGGUGAAAAUUGGGGAACACAGCAAGGCUUUAGAUAAGGCCAAGGCUGAGCUCCACGAUGAGGCUCGCGAUCAGGCCAUUUCUCAGAUUUGCGUGGCCGCAGCUGACGCCGGUGAUCUGACCACCGCCUCCGAGGCGUAUGAUCGUCUGUCCACAGCGCCGGCAACACGUCAGGUCCCCGCUAUUUCGCUGCUCGCCCUUCACAUUCGUCGCGGCAAUGUUUCCGCGGCCCGUUCCUUGUGGAUCAUGCUGAACACCGUGGGUCAGGCAACCCCGGAUAUGGUUCAGCCGACCGCUAUGUACGCCGUGGCGUUGUUGAAGAGUGGCCAGGUCGAGGCGGGUCUGCAGGAAGCUCGCAACAUGUUUUCUCGCAUCCGCACUGCCAUUAACACUGCCGAUGCCAAAGAAGUCUCUGUUGCCGCAUCGGUUCGAGAGCAGAUUACCGAGUCUCUCCACCUCUUUGGACGUGUCGUUUUCCAAACCCCUGCCGUGCUGUCCCCACAGUCAGUCAUGUCACUCUUGUGGUCUAUGAUUGAUAAUGGCAGCCUGGUCUCUCCCCUGGCUGAGCAUGCCGUUGCCAAUCUUACCCCCGUCGGUAUCUCACAGCUGACACCGGUCGACCUCACACUUGCCCUUCAAGUUCAAGCUGGUAUGCUUGCCAGCAACACUUCAAUGAUGUUUGAUAUCGCCCACCCUGGCCGCUUUGCACACAUGCUGGACGUUGCUUUGUCAACUUCUUUGCCUUUGGACAACUACACUACUAGCCUGGUUGACCGGGUCAUCGCCCAAGCCUUUGUUAACCGCCCCGAUGUCGUCAAGAGAUGGCAAGAUCACAUGGAGGCCACUUCCCAGACCUCGUUGCUCUCUGCCCGUCAUAGCCCUGUCUCUGCCGCCGAGACCUCUACCACGACCCCGCCUUCAAGCCUUGAUGCUUUCGACCCUUACGCCCAUGCCACUGAUUUCCGCGGCUCUGCCAUUAUUGCUGAUGAACUCGAGAAGACCGCUGGACGGGCCGAGACUCAUCUCAACGAGGCCAUGAUCCGGCUUAACAACAUGCGCCGCAUUGGUCGUCAUCCUCGCUACAUUACAUAUGCUAAGCUGAUCACUGCUGCUGCCAAGACCGGUCGCACUGAGUUGGUUCACGAGAUCCACGGCAUGGCCCGCACUGAUGUUCCACUGAACCUAGCUCACAACACCGUCAAGUACGGUUGGGUUUCAAUUCUUGAUGCUAUGGUUGCUGCUUGCCUUACUCUUGGAGACCGUAAGCUGGCUGGCCAGUUCCACCAAGAACUUAUUGAUCUUGGCUCUGCGCCUUCCGCUAACACCUUUGGUCUGUACAUUACCACCCUGAAGGAGUCCACCAAGACUUUCGACGAGGCCACUGAGGCUUUGAAGAUCUUCCACCGUGCUGUGGCCGAAGGCGUUGAACCCACCUCGUUCUUGUACAACGCCCUCAUCGGCAAGCUCGGUAAGGCUCGUCGCAUUGACGACUGCCUUGCUUACUUUGCCGAGAUGCGUGCCAACAACGUUCGUCCCACCAGUGUCACUUACGGAACCAUCGUCAACGCGCUUUGCCGUGUGAGCGAUGAGCGCUUCGCCGAGGAGAUGUUCGAGGAGAUGGAGUCCAUGCCUAACUACAAGGCCCGCCCGGCUCCGUACAACUCCAUGAUCCAGUACUUCCUGAACACCAAGCGGGACCGCAGCAAGGUUCUGGCAUACUACGAGCGCAUGCAGGCCCGCAACAUCAAGCCUACCAUGCACACCUACAAGUUGCUCGUUGAUGCGCACGCUUCCCUCGAACCCGUUGAUAUGGACGCUGCUGAGAAAGUUCUCCAGUCUAUGCAGGCUGCUGGUCAGCAACCCGAUGCUGUUCACUAUGCCUCCUUAAUUCACGCCCAGGGCUGUGUCCAGCACAACCUACCCGCUGCCCGCAAGGUCUUCGACUCCGUUAUCGCUGAUCGCCGCGUGCGUCUGCAACCUUGCUUGUACCAGGCUCUUUUCGAGGCAAUGGUGGCUAACAACCGCGUUGUCGACACCGAGGAGAUUGUGCAGAGCAUGAUGCAGCGCAACGUUGAGAUGACCGCUUACAUUGCCAACAUUCUGAUCCAGGGAUGGGCCACCGAGGGCAAUGUCCUGAAGGCCAAGACCAUCUACGACAGCAUUGGCAUCCAGAAGCGCGAGCCCAGUACCUACGAGGCCAUGACUCGUGCUUUCCUUGGUGCCGAUGACCGCAGCAGCGCCGCCAACAUCGUCCAGGAGAUGAUGUCGCGCGGAUACCCCGCUGCCGUGGCCAACAAGAUCCUGGAUCUUGUGGGCGGAGGAUCUUCCUCCGUCUAA